GUCAAAACCAAAACCAUGUAAGGUUACUGCUCGCCACUCACUACCAUUCCUUCCUUCAUUCCCUUUUCCCCCAUUUCACUUCUUCGUUUUCUUUUUCUCUCAAUUCUGAACCCUAAUUUCUUCAUUUCAUUCCCCAAUUCCCCCUUCUCACUUGCUCCUCCCUCGCUUCCAGGGUUCCUCUUCCCCUCUCGAUUUCUCCGAAUUCGCUCUUCUCCGUUUCGUUCUGCUUAUUUGUUUGAAUUGAAGCUUUUCCAUAGCUCUCUAGGGUUCGAAUUUUGAUUAUUGUGUGAAGAUGAGCUCGCAGAAGAAGAGAGCUUUCCAGAUAGAAGCGUUCAAGCACCGCGUGGUGGUGGAUCCCAAGUACGCUGAGAAGACGUGGAAGGUUCUAGAACAUGCUAUUCACGAGAUAUAUAACCAUAAUGCCAGUGGUCUUAGCUUUGAAGAGCUUUACAGGAAUGCUUAUAAUAUGGUGUUACACAAAUUUGGGGAGAAACUUUACUCUGGACUUGUGACAACCAUGACUUCUCAUCUUAGAGAAAUUUCUCAAUCAAUUGAAUCUGCUCAAGGAGAAAUUUUCUUGGAAGAGCUCAACAGGAAGUGGGUAGAUCAUAACAAGGCUUUGCAAAUGAUCCGAGACAUACUAAUGUACAUGGAUCGAACUUUUAUACCAAGCAACCAUAAAACUCCUGUUCAUGAGCUUGGAUUGAAUCUUUGGAGAGAUGUUGUGAUCCAUUCCAGCAAAACCCAGGCUAGGCUUCUAGAUACACUUCUUGACCUUGUUCUUAGAGAAAGGAAUGGUGAAGUAAUAAACAGAGGCUUGAUGAGAAAUAUAAUUAAGAUGCUAAUGGAUUUGGGUUUGCUUGUUUACCAGCAGGACUUUGAGAAGCAUUUUCUGGAUGUUUCAGCAAAUUUUUACCGUCUUGAGUCUCAGAAAUUCAUUGAAUCUUGUGAUUGUGGAGAUUAUCUGAAGAAAGCCGAGAGACGUUUAAAUGAAGAAAUGGAGAGAGUAUCUCACUACUUGGAUCCUAGAAGCGAGUCAAAGAUAACUAAUGUGGUGGAGAAAGAGAUGAUUGAAAGUCAUAUGAACACUCUAGUUCAUAUGGAGAACUCAGGCCUAGUUAAUAUGCUUGUGGAUGACAAAUAUGAGGACUUGGGAAGAAUGUAUAACUUGUUUCGCAGGGUGCCUGCUGGGCUUUCAAUUGUUAAAGAAGUCAUGACUUCUUUUAUACGGGAUACUGGUAAGCAGCUAAUCAUGGAUCCUGAAAGGUUGAAAGAUCCUGUGGAUUUUGUGCAACGUCUCUUGGAUUUGAAGGAUAAAUAUGAUAGGGUUAUUACUAUGGCAUUUAACAAUGACAAGACAUUUCAGAAUGCCUUGAAUUCCUCUUUUGAAUAUUUCAUCAAUUUGAAUGCCCGGUCUCCGGAGUUCAUUUCAUUGUUUGUCGAUGACAAACUUCGCAGAGAAUUGAAAGGGGUUGGUGAGGAGGAUGUGGAGGUUGUACUAGACAAAGUCAUGAUGCUUUUCCGGUAUCUACAAGAGAAGGAUGUGUUUGAAAAGUAUUACAAGCAACACUUGGCAAAAAGGCUUCUUUCGGGGAAGACUAUAUCUGAUGAUGCUGAAAGAAGUUUGAUUGUUAAGCUCAAAACAGAGUGUGGAUAUCAAUUCACUUCUAAGUUAGAGGGUAUGUUUACCGAUAUGAAGACUUCUUAUGAUACGAUGCAGGGUUUCUAUGCAUGCCAUGGUGCUGAAUUGGGGGAUAGCCCUACCCUAUCUGUCCAGGUGCUUACAACAGGAUCAUGGCCAACUCAACCUAGUCCUCAGUGCAAUCUUCCAUCAGAAAUCCUGAGUGUAUGUGAUAAGUUUCGGACUUAUUAUCUUGGCACCCACAAUGGUAGGAGAUUGUCCUGGCAAACUAAUAUGGGGACAGCUGAUUUAAAAGCAAUAUUUGGUAAGGGGCAGAAGCAUGAGCUGAAUGUUUCCACUUACCAGAUGUGUGUACUCAUGCUUUUCAACAAUGCUGAUAAGUUGAGUUGUAAGGAGAUAGAGCAGGCAACAGCAAUACCCAUGUCAGAUUUGAGGAGGUGCCUUCAGUCUCUGGCCUGUGUCAAAGGAAAGAAUGUUCUACAAAAAGUUCCAAUGAGCAAGGACAUAGCUGAGGAUGAUGCAUUCUUAGUUAAUGACAAAUUCACAAGCAAAUUCUUCAAGGUAAAGAUAGGGACUGUUGUUGCACAGAGGGAGUCUGAACCCGAAAAUCUAGAAACUCGGCAAAGAGUGGAAGAAGAUAGAAAGCCACAGAUUGAAGCAGCAAUUGUGAGGAUAAUGAAAUCUAGGCGAACUCUAGAUCAUAAUAAUAUCGUUGCUGAGGUCACAAAGCAGCUACAGUCACGAUUUUUGCCUAAUCCUGUUGUUAUUAAAAAACGGAUUGAAUCCCUUAUAGAGCGUGAGUUUUUGGAGAGGGAUAAAGUGGACAGAAAACUGUACCGCUAUCUUGCUUGAACAGUAUGUGCUUUUGUCUUUUGUCUUGCUCUGUCAAAAUGCUUUUGGCAUGGCACCUAUGUGAUUCUGUCUGUCAUAAGUUGUGCUCAUCCCAAAUUGCAGAAAGUAGUGUAUCUCUUCAUUUCAUACUCAACACAAACUUAGGCUUGUUAGAUCGCUUGAAUCAACUUCUUUUAGGCUGCAAAACUUAGAAUAUCAUUUUUAGCUUCUUACUUUUCUCGACAACAAUAAACCGAAUAUCCUUUUUAGCAUAUUUCUCUCAAAAGUAAUAUACUUUUCAAUCAUUUUGGAUGUGGAAUUAUUUCAUCAACCACACUGCCUGAGGAAGAAAAUUCAUACAAAGGGGAAGCUCUUUUAAUUUGGAAACUGUAAAGAAAUUAUUCUGAUUUGCUGUUUAUUAUAAUGGAGCAUGGGAUAUAUGGGUGAUUGGGUCACAGUAUGCUUAUUAGUGGGUUAGAGAUUUGUUUGAAACCAAAAUGAUUUGAGAUCUAUGCAGGAUCUCGUGUUGCCUACUGGCUGAGUGUGAUAUGUUUUCUUGAGUGUAUUUGACA